GCGAGAGAAGAAGAAGAGGCCGGGGUGGCAGGACAGGUAUGUUCACCUGAGCUGGUCAGUGUCCAUGAGGAGGGUGAGAGUGAGCGUUAGCAGGGGGCAGACGCCGUGGCAGUGAAGCCGCAGAGACCAGGCGGAGGCCCCGCGGCGGCACACGGAGCUCGCCGGUGGCCGGGAAGCAGGUUAGCCGCUAAACGCGACGGUUUGCGGCCACGUCGCUGUCGGUGACGUAGCUUAGAGGUUAGCUCACCUGACGCGGCUGGAGGUCCACGUCCUCACAUGGCUCUGCGUGUGGAGCGGCUCACCUGGCGGAGCUAGCCUGCACACAGGAUGCUUCAGGGCCCGUACGGCAGCCUGGACCGGGACAGGCCGCUCCUCCGGCUGCCCUUCACACACUUCGCCGUCGGGACGGUCCUGCUGGCCCUCACCGGUCUGAUCGCCUGCCUCGUCAUGUCGCUGAUGUACCACUUCAAGGAGUCGACGUACACACACUGCCAGGUCCCAAACUACCUCCCGUCCAUCAGCGCGUCCAUCAGCCUCGUGCCCGAGCGCUACAUCUGGCGCUGCUGCAUCGGCCUGCACUCGGCGCCGCGCUACCUGGUGGCCGCCACCUACUUCAAGUUCUACCGCGGCCGGCUGGCCCGCAGCCCGCUGGAGCUGCUGCUCAGCGGCCUGACGCUCCUCUGCAGCCUGGCCGAGAACACCGGCCUGCUGCUGCUCACCUACGUGGCGUCCACGGAGACGUACAGCGUCCACAAGAACGGCUUCAUCGUGUUCAUCGGCAGCUCGCUGCUGCACAUGCUCUUCACGUGCAGACUGUGGCAGGUGAUCAGCAGAUACUGCGUCAACCCAGAGGAAGUGACGUCGUACCGAUGGAAGGUGCGUCUCUUCUUGCUGAGCGUGAGCUGCUGUCUGGCUGCUGCCUAUUUCUUCAGACGCCAUAACAAAUACUGCGAACCAGGAAAGUCCUGAGGGCAGAAUCAGCUCCUCUGGUCCACCUGCUGCUCACGGGAGGGGUUUGCACAAAACAUCCAGUUUAAAGGUAGAGAUCAGCGUGACCAAUCAGCUGACAGCUGACCAAUCAGCUGCCUGCGCCGUUCAUCUGCAUUUUUAUGGUUUUGCGCCGGAGCGACACAAACAGGAGCGACUCGCAGGUCUGCAGAAACGCCUGUGCUCACCUUCAUGAGCCUCCACCCGUCCCAUCACCUUCGUGACCUUCCACCCGUCCCGUCACCUUCGUGACCCUCCACCCGUGGGACCCCGUGGUGGUAAAGAAAAGUGUGUGUGUGUGUGUUUCUGUUGUUGGAGUGAAGCACUGUUCUGUGCCGGGCUGUGGCCACAUCCAGCUACUUUGGCAGGUACAGGCACAUGUGAGGAAUGUUGUGUGUCUGUGUGUGUGCGUGUGCGUGUGCGUGUGCGUGUGCGUGUGUGUGUGUGUGUGUGUGGAGGUGCAGAGAGAGAGGUGACACUGAGGAGAAGCUGCUGCUUUUUACUCAUUUGAUCAGGAUUAAUCUGGAUUAGGAUCCACUUGAGGGUUCAGAUUACAGGGUUAGAAACAUAGUCAUUUGUGUGUGUGUGUGUGUGCACUCAGUCAGAAGGAAUCCAAAGCAUUUGUGAGUCACAGUGUUGUCAUGACAACUGGCAAAAUUCUCUUUUUCUUCUCAAAAAUAUUUUUAAAAAGUCACUGCUUUGGUAUUUCUUCUUUUCUUCAUUCCACACUAAUAAUAAUAACAAUAAUGAUAAUACUAAUAAUGAUGAUAAUAAUAAUGAUGAAAACAGAAUAAAGUUUAAAGAGGAAAAGUCUCAGCGCUCUCAUGCUGUUUCUUUUCGAAACGUCACAAAAUCAACCGGAUCCUCACGUCUGAUUGUUCAUGCUUUGAAUUUAAUGGUUUCAUGGUUUUUUAUUCAUAAGUUCAAACAGGAAACAGUUGAUGUAGCGAGUGUUUCUGCUGCAGGAGUUGUGCAUCUUUUUGUGGCAGGCCAAAACAAACAAACAAACAAACAAACAAACAAACAAGGUGAAGACUCAGGCGUGGCUGCAGAGCGCUCGGAGGGAAACGUCGUUUUCCUCGACAUUCUCAGUGAAACAGGCAGACGCUCGCCUCGGAAACAACUUUAUUCUCAGUUUGAGUCAGAACACAGCGACGCAGCGCAGACAGGUCUGAGUAGACAAGUCCGCGCAGACGAGUCCGCGCAGACGAGUAGACGAGUCCGAGCAGACGAGUCCACGCAGAUGAGUCCACGCAGAUGAGUCCA